AUGACACUCCAAUUUGCCGAUCAUUCAGUCAAGAAACCGUAUGGCAUAGUUGAAGACAUUCUGGUAAAAAUUGAUAAGUUUGUUUUUCCGGUGGAUUUUGUAAUUCUCGAAAUGCCGGAAGAUGAAGAGUUGGACCUUGAGAUCAAAGAAAAUGAAGUGAUUAGAGAAGAAGUAGCAGCACUGAAACCAGUGGUGAAAGAAACAUGCAUUGAGCCUAAACCGGUUGUUAAACUCCCUUUCCCCACUCGGAACAAGAAAAAAGGGCAACAUGAGAUUUUUUUUGAAAAGUUCUUAGAGUUGUUCAAGAAGCUGGAGAUUAAUAUUCCGUUGUUGGAGGCACUUGAACAAAUGCCUACAUAUGCUAAGUUCAUGAAGGAUAUCAUUUCUAAGAGGCAUACCGCCGACAAUAACCCAAUUAUCCUCACUGAAAAUUGUAGUGUUAUUUUGCAGGGUAUGAAGAUUCCUAUAAAAAAGAAGGAUCGUGGAGUUGUCACUAUCCCAUGCACUAUUGGACAUAGGUCAUUCAACAAAGCUCUGAUUGAUCUCGGAGCUAGUGUGAGUCUCAUGCCAUUAUCUAUCUACAAAAAGAUGGGUUGUUACAAAGAGAUCCCUCUCAUUAUGGGGAGACCCUUUCUAGAGACGGGUUGGUGCUUAAUAAACAUAGAAGAAGGAACAAUGACACUAAAAGUUUAUGAUGAAGAAUUAAAAAUCGAUGUUCGAAACACCAUGAGUUACAAGGAUGAUAUUUGUACAAGUCACACUAUAGAGGUUCUGGAUCAAGUGACGACAUUUGAUAACCUUCUGCCUACACCCCAAUCACCUUUGGAGAGAGUGUUGAGUUUGUCCAUUUUCGAGUCGGAUAAAGAGGUAUAUAACAAAGACUCUAAAGUGCUUGCCUUGUUGGACACACAAACCUCGUGGAAAGGAUCUAGACCACGCCGGUGGGAAGAUUUACGCCUACCUCCAUCUAGUGAGGAGAAUGAAGAACUUAAGAAGGAAACAGAGUUGAAACAACUUCCUGACAACCUCAAAUAUGUCUUUCUCGAACCUGAAGGGAAAUGUCCUGCUAUCAUAAACUCGAGCCUUCAGGACAUCCAAGAAGAAAAGCUCAUCCAAGUCUUGAAAAAGUACAAAAAUGUUAUUGGAUGGAAAAUUGAAUAUUUAAAGAGUAUUAGCCCUACUGUUUGCAUGCAUAAAAUAUUAAUGGAAGACAACCACAAGCCAGUAGUCCAACCGCAGAGGAGACUCAACCCGACAAUGAAGGAAGUGGUUCAAAAAAAGGUUCCAGAAAACCAAUCUAAUUCUGAACUGGGAGAAAUGUCAUUUCAUGGUUCGCGAGGGGAUAGUUUUGGGACAUAA